ACCGUGCGGCAGUCGCUCGGGUGGGCCAUGCACCCUCGGGCCCUCGCGCUGCAGACCGUGGGCGCGCGGGGAGCCGGCGCGGCGCUCGGGUAAGGCGUGCGUGCGGCGGGGCCGGGGAGAGACUGCGCUGCGGCCGAAGGCAGCCGCGGCCUCGGGGCGGAGCGUUCGCCCACCGGGGCACGGUUGGCCUCCUUCCAGAAAUCAGUUGCGUGUGUUAUACCUAGUAUAGCUGUGUCAGUGUGUUAUGAUGCCUUCCCGUACCAACCUGGCUACUGGAAUCCCCAGUAGUAAAGUGAAAUACUCCAGGCUCUCCAGUACAGAUGAUGGCUACAUUGACCUUCAGUUUAAGAAAAGCCCUCCUAAGAUUCCUUAUAAGGCUAUCGUACUUGCCACGGUCCUGUUUCUGAUUGGCGCCUUUCUCAUCAUCAUAGGCUCCCUCCUGCUGUCGGGCUACAUCAGCAAAGGGGGGGCAGACCGAGCCGUUCCGGUCCUGAUCAUUGGUAUUCUGGUGUUCCUUCCUGGGUUUUACCACCUGCGCAUUGCCUACUAUGCAUCCAAAGGCUACCGGGGUUACUCCUACGAUGACAUUCCAGACUUCGAUGACUAACACCCACCCACCUCAGCCCUGAGGAGAGGAGUUACAGUGGAACUAGACCUAAAUUGGAGAUCCUGAGCAGAAACUAUGGCUAAGGGCUAAGGGAUUCUGAAGUUUGUUAUGUUUAACAAAACAAUGGCCAGAUUUUAUGGGUCCAUCCCAAAGAUGUUAACUGAGCUUAUUAAUUAGCUAAUUAGGACAUGCUCUGUUUUUCAUCUCCUGGCCCUGGCAAAAACUCCUAGCAAGUUUUUCCACAGGAAUAUGUAUCAUGGAGCAAUGUUAAUUAUCCGGGAAAACGGGAGGUUGUACUGUAGUGGAAAGUAUUGCUACCACCACCACUUUAGAGGUGAAUGUUUCUUUUACAUAGUCUUCGUUAUCAAUUUGUUUUUGCAGCACAUGGAAGAAUGCAGUAUGUCUAAUUUCUUAUUACUAAGUAAUUUAUUUUUUAAAUGUCUACUUAUCUGCUACCUUCGUGUUCUAGUUGAAGAACGUGGUAAAAUCCAAUAUCUGUAGUAUUUUUUACUUGCUUUCUUAUGACAGCAACUGGGAAUUUUUUAAAUUGCAGAGCAGGUUUUCAAAAUUUAAACCCUUUCUCUGUUUACCGAUCCUUGGCCAGCUCUGAUCUGUAUCGCCAGUAGGUUGAACAGCAUGUAAUUUGGACCAUUCAUUGUGUCCUGUACAGAUCAAGAUAUUCUGUAUAUCAUGCUUUUUAAAGAAUGAACUUUUGGCUAUUUCCUAAUGAAAAAUAAAGGUAGAUAAAGGUAAUUUAGAGUUUAUAACCCUUUUGCCAGCACCUUGUGUAAUGAUAUCAUUCUAAAGAUGGCAAGUAUAGAUCCCUAGAAGACUAGAUUGCCUUAGGCUGAUUGUUUGCUAGCUUGCAAAAAGUGACUUAUACUCAAAAAUUAAAAUGUUGAAAUCCAGAUCCUAAACUUAAAAUGAGUCAACUUUAAACAUUUCAGAAGAUACUUUUAUGAUCUUACAAUGUCUUAAAUCCCAACAUUGAGGAUUGCCUUUGUUUUCAGGUCACUGGCAUGAGUCAGACUCUUCUUUCCAGUCAUUCUUUUACUCUAAGGUUGUGGACUUGGGGAGCUAGAAGCUUGGACAUUCCAUCAGCAGCAAUUUAGAAGGCUGUGGGUACAGCAAGUUACGGUGUGAAGAUAAGUUUUGCAUAUGUUAAAUUUUAGGUAUCUCCUUGAUACCUGGGUGGAGCUGUUGAGGAGGUAACUCCAGGGCCCAUGUGUAUCUGGAGUUCAGGAGGAGUUCUAGACUGGAAAUAGAAAUCUGGGAGUCAGUAUUUGGACAGUGUCUUAGGAGCCAUAGGGCCAGUUGAGAGCACCAGUGGAAUGAGUGCACGUGGAAGAAAAAGGAGGACUCAGGAAGUGGAGGGCCAGAAAGAAGGUGUCCUAAAGCAGCUUCUGAGGUUAGACGCACUUGGUAAUGGGAGGGUGGGCUGGGAGUCCAAUACUCUAGAAUCCUUGGGCCUUGACGCUGAAGGUGUGAAGUGAUAUAUAAAGUUGGGCAGUGUUUGUAAAACAAAGCUCAGACCAGAAGGUCUCUGCCAAGCUAAAUAAUUUGCUCCUUGUAAUGGUAAUGAUGCUGCUGGUCAAAAAAAUGAAAAUGGAACAAAAAGGUAUAAAGUGAAAAGUAAACAUCUGAGAGGAUGGAGAGUAAAUGUUUUCUCCCCCAGCUCACCUCAGGUUUCUAACUACAUAAACAUAUAUACCUGUUUUUUUAA